AUGGAAGUAGAUUGGGAUUUCUUUUUAAACUUUCCUGAUGGCACUAUUUUACCUACUAAUUUUUUUGCAGAAAAUAAUGAAAGCAAUACAUUAAAAGAUAUUAUCACACCUCCUAAAUCUCCUGUACAUUUUUUUGAACUAGAAGAGAUACCUAUAGAAUUACCUUCUCAAAGUCCUAAUAAUUUUAAUGAUAUUACAUAUCAAUAUAAUUUUUGCGUAGGAGAUAGUUUUGAUGAUUGGAUAUCUGCAAUGAGCAUUGUUUAUCAGGAUGUCACCUUCUCAGCAAAUAAGUAUAAUAUGUACUUAAGUGUUUUCAUGAUUAAAGAUAACUAUGGAAAAUUUAGAAAUGUAGUGAAUGCACUUGUAGAAGAUGAGUUGUUUAAUGCUGGAAUUCAAAGCACACAAAGUGUUAAGUCAUUCAAUGCAAUUAUCAAAAAGGUAUUAAAUAAUGCAAAUAGUCUUUGUGAUAUUGGAAAACUAUUGAUAAAAGACAUGAGGUUGAACUUCAGUAUUCAAAAGUUUCAAAUUUCACAAUCAUUUACCUAUGAAGGUCAUUUGAUAUCAACUUUAAAUGAGAAUUUAGACAUUGAAACUGCCAGUAGUAAUUUUAUUGAUGAAUCACAAAUAACCUUAACAUCUCUUUUAAGUGUAGUACUCUUAAGUGAUGGAACACAUCUUUCAUUAUAUCUGUCAGAUGGUAUUCUAACUAAUUUGGAUACUAAUCUUAAAAACUCACUGAUUCUUACAGCAGUAGAAGCAUCUACUGAUACUUCAUAUCAAGUUAUAUGUAAAUUUCAAAGUUUAUAUCAUAUUCAAGGAUCUGAUCAUAAUGAAGUCAUUCAACAAAAUACUCACAACACUCAUCAAUGA